CAGCAGAGAGAGAGAGAGGCUGGCUGAUUUAAUUCAUUGUCUCUCAGAUCAGUUGUGUUUCGCACACUCGUGCAUCCAAAGCUCAGGUGCUGACUGCAGCCAGGGCUGAAUGAAGGCUUGCACUUGCCCCAGAAGACAGGAUCCCUUCAAAUUUUUAUUUCCUCUCGGGGAUCAGAGCUGCGAUGUAUCACUUGCUAAAAAAUUGCUGCGGUGAAGCUGGUAUUCAAGGAAAAAAACGUGCCUUACCAAACUGACAAAGGAUUUCAGCUGGCAAACGAUGGGGGUGAAUUAAAGUGCUUCCUAGCAAAGAAGAUGGUUGAAGUGCACAACAUGACCUCCCCUGACCUCUGGCAGGAAGGAGGUGAAUCAGAGAAUUCACCGUGCAUGCUUGGAGCCCUUCCCAUCAUUUACUACAGCGGCCUGCUCUGUUUGGGCUUACCAGUGAAUAUUCUGAACGUAAUUGUCCUCUCCCAUCUGGCCAUCAAGACACAGAAAUCCUCCUACCGCUACCUUCUCUCUCUCUCUGCUUCCGACAUCCUCACUCAGUUCUUCAUCAUCUUUAUCGGCUUCAUCCUAAAGACGGCUAUUCUCCAGCGCAAGAUCCCUGACCCACUGGAGCACACAAUCAGCGUCCUGGAAUUUGCGGCCAAUCACGCUUCCAUCUGGAUUACAGUGGUGAUGACGAUCGAUCGGUAUUAUGCCCUUUGUCACCCCCUGAGAUACCGCAUGGUGUCAUACCCAGAACGUACCCACAGAAUAAUAGCAAUGGUCUUUGCAAUGGCUUUAAUCACGGGCAUCCCGUUUUACUGGUGGUCUGAUAUGUGGCGAGUCAGUAACCCACCCACCGUUUUGGACCAAGUUCUGAUAUGGAUCCAUUGCUUCAUUAUCUACUUCAUUCCGUGCUCACUAUUUCUCAUCGUCAACUCACUGAUCGUCUACAAGCUGAAGAAGAAAGCUCCGGCCAACCGUUCAGGGAAGACUACCGCGAUUCUUCUCACAGUUACUACCGUUUUCGCCAUUCUCUGGGCACCUCGGACCGUGGUUGUUAUCUACCACCUGUACGUUUCUUCAGCUAACAGGAACUGGAAGGUCCACCUGAUGCUCGACCUGGCCAACAUGCUGGCCAUGUUAAGCACCGCAAUCAACUUCUUUCUGUACUGCUUUGUGAGCAAGCAGUUCCGCGUAACGGUGAAGGAGGUAAUCCUGUCCUUCUGCAAGCACUGA